UGAAUCGUCACCAAAUCUUACCAUCAGUUUUUAUACAAUUGUAACCUUAGUUUUAUAAACAUAAACAUAUGGAUAUUAAACUAAAAUAUUCAGUAAUGUAAAACCGAAUUUGUAUAUGAUAUUCUCCUUUCUAGACUGACUCGCGUGAUUUUAUCAAAAAGCGGUCACAUAUGUGAACAGGUAGAGAGAGAUAGUGAACAACAAUACCCUAGCCCAGCUCUUUAUCACACAAUACAGGAUCGUUAUGGAGUUUGGAUUAUUUGUUGUGUUAGUAUCCUGGUUUGUUGACAAUCACAGUAAAAGCCAAAACAGAUUCUAGGAUAUUUUGCGGAAGCCAUUUAAUUAAUGGUCAUCAUACCAUUUCUGGGAUAUUGCUGGAUAUUCCCUUCUGGUCUCUACAUAUGCAGUUGGAAACUAUUGUACUGUUGUGAAAAUAAAGAUGUUUAUGUCACGAUUUCGAAGGAUUUUAUGUUAUAAAAAAGAAAAUAGUUUAAAGGACAAGCAGUAUUUUAUUGCUACCUGUUGUUUAUAAAACUUUUAUCAUACUUCUUAGUGUGUUUUAUUACUGUAUGGAUUAUAGUAUGAGAACUGAUUUUCUAAAUAGUGAUCCCGAAGAAGAGGUCAUUUCCUAUACAGAUAUGGCCCGGAAACUUGACGAUUUGCCUCCUUAUCCUUUACAUUACAUACCGUAUAACGCCUUGAAUGAGCUGGCCGAGGUCUUUGAUUCCCCGGCCGUAGAUGGUCAGAGGACUCUGGAAGGACUGGCCGAGGCCAUCUUCACACAGAGUGACUACACAAUCAAAGUGGAUCACAACAAAGUAUCGAUAUUGCGAUCUCGCUGUACUUCUGGAGAGAGUCCAACAGUAAAGUUUAUCCGUGAUCUUGCUAAAUUCAAAAAUGCAGAUCUUCGAAUUUUACAAAGGGCAAUCUGCUCCCUUGAAACCCACGCAGACGACAUAUUGGUGAAGUACUUGGGAGAAAUUGAACGGCGAUAUAAAAUGGAAAAGAUGCAACGAGCUCCGAUUCCCCUGGAUAAUUCGUCACAACAUGAUUGCAAUUGUUAUGAGUGCUCUGACAAUGGAACAUUCGGAGCCAGUUACUUACCUUCAACUGACUGUAACUUUGAAAAUCCGAGACAAAAGCCAAAUUGUAGAAUUCCAGAUUGUGCUCACAGUGAACCAAAACAAUAUAAUUAUCGUCGCAAACAGCCUAAUUAUGCAAAUAGAUUGCGUAUUCCAUCUCAUCAUAAUAAUUUUGAAAGUUACAUAGGAUACCAAGCUAAUUCUAGCGUGAGUGAAAUUCAAAAUGAUGAGGUGAAGACUCCUGUAAUGGAGAAUGAAAGAGAACCCUUUUCAAUGAAUCUGUUUGGCAAUGGCCCGGAACUUUUGCCUCCCGCACACUUUAACCCUAUUCCUCCAAGUGAUUAUGAAGGGGAUGAAAGUGAAAAUGAUGAUAGUACAUUUUUCUCUGAAAAGAAAACUCAAAAUGAAAAUAUUCUGAGGCAAAAAACAAUUGUGCCGACAAGACGUGUCCAAUCAAUGCCCGAGGGUUCAGAACAGGAGAAUACAGAUCCCGAACGGAGACAUUCACAUCCUGUUUUCAGGAAAAAAGGUCGAGGAAAGAAAGAUUGUGAAAGUGAUGGAGACAUUCCUAAUAUUCCUGAUGCCUGUACAUGUUAUAGAAGUCCUGUCAUCAACAUAGGGGCCAGGACUGUCUUUGUAUCUUUGGCAGAUGAUUCUAAACAUCACAUCAAGGAAGUGCUUACUAUGUGUACCAAACUUCAGGAAGCAGGUUUUGAGGUGAAAUGCGAUAUGAUGGAAUCUUUAUUUACAGAACAAAAUAUCAAUGUUAAUGAAUGGCUAGACCAAUGUUUCACAAGAGCGCUCUUUGUGAUUUUUUGCAUAUCUCCCAAAUAUUUCAAACAUAUUCGUAUCGACGAUUUGGCAGAGGCCCAUGCGAGUGACAAUAAGUUUCACACAAGAUACAUCUUUGACAGAGCUCGAAGUGAAUUUAUUCAAAAUAACAGUAUGAACAAACGUUUUCUACCAGUACUUUUCCGCAACUCUGGUGCAAAACUUGAGCAUAUUCCGGAAUUUUUAAGGUCAACCAUAAGGUACGUGUUUCCAGACACUUUUCGACAUUUAACAGGAUUCUUACAAAAGCAGUGACUACGAUUCAUUUGUUGGAACGUUUAACAUAAAUCGUGAAUAAGUUGAACUAUAAUGAGGAAAUAUAUUUAUGAUAACUAUGUAACGGUUACUGCUUGUAUAUUAUCCUCGUCACUCAACAUGUUGUACAUGUAGAUAUGUAAAUACACAUAUUGUACAAUGUAUAAAUAUCCAUUCACGUUAUAUCACCAGUAUUGUUGAUUACUAAGAAAAUAUGUGAGUUAUUCAUGAAAUAUUUUAUGUGUUAAGUUUUAAUGUAAUUAUAUGGAUCUUUGAAGAUAUAAUUGAUUAAAAUUCAAGAAAAAUA